GAGCUGAAUGGAUUUCAAGGAGAGCUCCUUGCUACAUUAACCGACAUCGCCGCGUUUAAUUCACCGUAAGAAAUUUAAAUAACGUUUGCUUGACUUAAUCCUAGUCUGCGCACAACACAGGCACCGCGUCGCUACGCGCAUCGGCGCAUCCUCACGUAGACGUUAAGCACCUAGAAUGAUAGAUCAAAUUGCACCGCUAAUAUGAUGCGCUUUAUACUAGACUGUCUUAGGCCCGGACGGCAGCGAGCUGGCUGUGGAAGAGAAAAUUCAGUCGAACUACAAACAAAAGAAAAAGAGGUUGCCAACGAUAAUGAGAUCAAGGGGCUGGAGGACAUGGUGGCGAUGGAGGAAGGGGCGCUGGGGAGAGAGCGAAGCCUGCGCCAUGACACACAGCAGGCCCUGGAGCUGCUGGCCCAGAGGAGAGCCCAGCUCCGCGAGCAAAUCCAGGGCAUUCACGAGCAACGCGAACAGGAAGGACAACUGCUCCUGUCACUGCGUGAGGAGCAGGAGGAACUUGAGCAGACAGCACAGGAGUAUGAGGAGGAGCUGAGGAGAGCCAAAGAGGAGCUGCAGCGCCUCCGUGAGGAGAUUGGUGUUGCCAGGACACAGGUGGAGGAGGCAUAUGAGUGGAUGGGUCCACUGAAGCAAGCCAUAGGCGACACGUACACAGAGAUUAGUGAGGCCAAACAGAGACUAGGUGAGCUGAUUACUGAAAUGACUGCCAUUGAGGCCUGCGUUCCUGAGAUUAGCUGCCGCCAAGCCGAUGAGCCCUUGCACAUGGCUCUGGACAGCAGUUCAAGAGAGGAAGAGGAAGAUGGAGAGAUGUACUGUGGACAUGUCUGUGAGGAAGACAACACUUUUACUCAAAACACUGCAGAAAAGAAGCAUUGCAAACAGGAAGCAAGCAAAGAGGGCCUAGAGAAACGUUCUGUGGAGAACAUGAAGAGCAGUGGUUCAUCUUCCUUCACAGAGAUAACUCUGACAGAAGUUAAAGAGGAGGAUACUUCACUCAGAUCAAUCACCCCACAGCACAUGGACUCUGCUGAUCUGGAAGAAGAGGACUUUGAAAUCGUCCAAUCCCUUGUGACAAAACCUGUCAGCCAGGCUGCCAGCAGGGAAUUUGACUUCUUCAACCCAGACCCUUUUGUUGAUCAUGAUGUGUUUGGAGAUGACCGAUUUCCCAAAGUAGACAUGACAGAAUUCCUAUCUGGUGAUCCAUUCAAAGGCACUGACCCCUUUGCUUCUGAUAUCCUUUUCAAUGAUGUAGCAGAUGUCCAGUUCGUUCAGGAUUACCCCUUUAUUCAAGAAAGCAAUGCUAAAGAUUCCAACCAUAUGUCCUUUGGUCUUGGAUCGACCAGUAAAGACAAACAUACUGACACAUCUAAUGUUGUGGAACCUAAUUUGGUAGGGACUAACUGCAGUCAGUCUGUUGACUCUGGAAUGUUUGAGCAAAAUCUUGCGGAGCCCAGUGACUCUGAGAGGUACACGCCAUAUAGUGACAUCUGCUCAGAAGUUGGAACCAACAUGACCACAAGCCAGGAUCUUGACAGCAUGGACCUGAAAAACACUCUAGGUAUGGAGGGCAACCUCAGCACAAACUCACAACUCAAGGAUAAAGGACGUUUUGACCUCAUCCACUGUGAGCUCGACAUUCAUGAAUCUGUUUCCAGUAAUACUUCCACAGUCGACAGCUCCUUUGAUGGAGAUUUUGGUACAUUCAGCCAAACAGAAGCUGAGGCUGGACCGACUUAUGUUAGAGCCAAUCAGGCGCUGUAUGGUCUUCAGCGGAUUGACACAAGCUUGUACACCCGAUUCCCGCUCAGUCCUGAAGGAUACGACCCAGAGCCAAUGGUUCCUGUCACUGCAGACAAAGACAAAUCAAUUAAGGUGGUGGAUUCUUUUGCCUUCAUUGCUGAUUAUAGUGCUGCAAGUGAAUCAAGACCCAAGACUGAAGAUUCAGAACAUGUGUCCCCUCACACUGACUUUGAUAAUCCUGGUGAUCGAAGUCCACUCUGUCAUGAAUUUACUGGUGUAGGUUCAGACACUACAGACAUUAGGCAAACAAAUAGUUCAGAACCCACUGAAACAGACAUAUAUGACCACAAAUUUGGAGAUAUAUAUUUCUUUACAGUGAGGUUAGAUCCUGGUAGUCCCGAUACUAGCCCUGUUUCUGCGGAAGCCAGUGACAGGAGGCAAUCGGAGUCAGACCAUGCAAGUCCUGAUACAGAUGACUUUAACUGUGGUGGACCAGAAGAUGAAAAUCCUACACAAACCAGUCAUGACACUUAUGUUGAGGAAGGUUUUGCUAAAAAAGAAUCAGAGAUAGGAACAACGCAACCCUUUGGCAAUGAGCUAGAUGAAAGAGUGCAUCCUGAGUUUGAGAUGAGAAAUACGGAAUCCCCAUGUUCUGAACAGCAAAGUGCUGCUCUGGCCUUUCUUGUCCACAGCAUGUAUAAUUCAGAAUGCAAUGAUGCAUUUAAACCAGAAAAUAUGGAAAAUGUUGACCCUGCCUGUGCUGCAGACACUAAUUCAGAGAGCUGCAACCCUGAACCCAUGGUUCAAUACCUCAUUAGCCCUGUCAAGCUUUGUGAUCAUACCUCCAGCCUUGAAUCUAGCUUCAUAGACCACUGUAAUAGCUUGGAUGGAAAUCCCGAGCUUUUAGACUCCGAAAAAAACACCAUAAAGGAGACCGACUCAUGUGAUGCUGAGCUCAAAGGUUUGGACCUGUUUGAUUCUGUAUCUUCAAACAUCGCGACAUGUGUAUCUGAAGUGAAACAACCAAACCCAGUUUAUUCUGUGUUUGCUGACAGUGGAAGACUAGAUUCCGGCUAUCAUGAAAAUAGUGGACCAGAUACUUUUGAUCUUUUACUUUUAAACUCCGAAAAAAACACCAUAAAGGAAACCAACUCAUGUGAUGCUGAGCUCAAAGGUUUGGACCUGGUUGAUUCUGUAUCUUCAGACAUCGCAACAUGUGUAUCUGAAUUGAAACAACCAAACCCAGUCUAUUCUGAGUCUACUGACAGUGGAAGAUUAGAUUCCGGCUAUCAUGAAAAUAGUGGACCAGAUACUUUUAGUCCAGCACCUACAGAUACACAUCCACUCUCUGGUGACAUUGGACCAGGCUAUGAAACUAAUCAACCUAAGAUGCAUAGCCCUGGGAAUUUGGAUCAGGCGGCCCACGAUCCCUUCAGUCCUGAGUCCAGUGACACGCUGAUGUUUGAUUCUGAACUAGAGAUCUACAACCCUGCUACCAAUGAUGGAGCAAUGAAAGACUCAUGUCUUCUGUAUAUGGCCUCUUCAGACAUGCUUGGGGAUUCAUUUAGCGGAUCUGAAAUGGAUAGUUUUGACCCUUUCAGUCCUGUACCCCAUAUUACAGGGAGCCAUUACAUGGAUAUUCUUGUCCCCGGGUCUGCCCAAAACCAUUCUAAAUGUGGUAGAGAAACCAGAUCCAGCAGUUGGGACUCUGGAGUCAGUCAUUCACCUCAACUACACUGUGGAUCAGCACUAACCAGAGAAGAUACCCACCCACUGCAUGAAGAUAACCUUGUUGACCCUGAGGCUCAAAACUUUAGUUAUUUAACCAAUUGCUCAACAGAAUGCCCAUUUUUGAAGUCAGAUUCAAAUAACGUGAAUGGUGUUAGCUCUUGUAAAUCAAAUAUUGAGAAUGUAGCAGAACAAGACAAAAAUGCUAUAGUAAAUGUCACAGCAAUGGCAGACCUUGCAGAAAUAGAUUUUUUCUGUUCUGAGCUCAGCAAAAUGGUAGCCUCACGUUCCUCUGAUUCUGUUCAGCAAAGUGUUGCCGAAAUGUUGUUUGGAUCCAACCCUGACACUGCCAAGUUCUAUCCAUGGGAUCUGGAAAGCAGCAAAUUGCUUGUUAAUGAGCACUCAAAAACAGAAGUAGAUUUUGGACAUGCUCUAGAUGAUGCAGCGAAACCUAGCUUGCUAUGAAUACAGAGCAAAACAUAAUUCCUAAAAUGGUUUAUCUAAUGUAGCUUUCUGAUACUACUUUUAGAGAAGCUCCCUGAUCUGAAAUAAGGCUUCCAGGAAAUUGUAUCAGUCGAAUGUUAAUUUGAACAAACAUAUCAUUUAAAGGCAGGUGUUAGGGAAGUGUUUUCAAGCUAGGGGAGACAAACAUACAUAAAGGUCACACAGAGAAACACAGAGGAUUACUACAGGCAGAUAUCAGUCAUAGAUUGCAGAAAGUACCAUACUUAAUGUCCCUGCCUUUUAGAAAGGGGAAUGAUUACACCAUCUUGAUGGUAUACAGUUUUCAAGUGAUGCACUAGCCUGCAAAUGAAGAAUGAGAAUAAUCUAAGUAGCACCACAACUUCACAUUUUCACUCUGUAUGCCCAUGUACAGUGUGCACGAAUGCAAGGUACAUUUCAAAUAUCUUGUUGUGUUGUGUAAAUGUGUUCAUUGUUCUGAGAAUAUCAUUCAGUGAUCUGAAAAGCAUGUUACAUUUUCAGCUUCUUUCCCAGACUUUUGGGUUACUUCAAAGGCAUAACUAAUGCCUUUAUUCAUGUAUCUAUACAAACACUAACUUGAGGCUGAUCAAAUGUAAACACUUGUUUAACAGCUUUAACAUCUACAAAACUCAGGCAAAUAGGAGAAAUUGAUUUUUAUUUUUACCAGAAAAUCAAAGGCAGAACAUAAAAUUGGCUAAAUGGUUUCACAAUUAAUAUUUAUAGUUCAGGACUGCAAUAAAGCUGCUGAGACUACAUUUCUUCUUUUUUGAAAGAACACAUCAGCUAAGGUGUCUUAACUGCUUCCUAACUGCUAUCACUAAAGUAGUUGCUCUAAAAUGCAUCUGUGACCCUCCUGAGUUCUGUAAUGAGCCCAGGACUUUCAGUUACAUAAAACCAUGUAUUAGUUCAUACAUGGUCCAGCUACAUUAACCAGUCAGGACACUUCUGAAAAAGGAGGCAUCCAUCCCUGACUGUCAAUUAUUAUGCAUAUGCAUGCAGCACAUAGAAGGGUAGGCAAAGUGCUACAUUUGCAAUAUCAGGGGUUGGGGAGGGCCCUGAGGUAAGAUUUGGAGGGAGGGUGUGGGAUUGACUCCUUUGUGGCUAUGGCAGACUUUAGCAAGAACUGUAACACUGACUACAGCAGCUUUAAUCUGCAGGAGUUUCAUUGUCAGACUAGUUUCCAGUAUGUCUCGGCACGAGACGCAGCUUAUUUGAAAUCUGGCAACGUUUCCAUUUGCACAGUAGAAGAUGCAUUAUUUUUUGUGCAGCCAGUGAGUCUGUUAAACAAGUAAUAAAAGUAUAUGGACCACUGUAUUUACUUACUAUCUUGAUUAUACAGAUUUAUGUUAUUUGUCAAUGUCUUGUAAACAUUGCAUAAGAGUACUUCCUCUUCAUUCAUGUGAAGUUGCAAUAUUAGUCAACUUUAGACAAUUGCUUACAAGCAAGUCAUAAUACAUAUAAAAUAUUAUAUUUAAGUGUUCUGCCUAAUGUAACUACUAAAAACCCAAAAGAAUGAUAAUUUGAAGACAUUAAUGAUACAGGGUUUUCAUAUCUCUGUUCACACCUGUAGUAGUUGUCUGCCUGUCCUUGUGUGUAAAUUGUUUUCCAUUGCCACCAGAAUAUAUUUGUAAAAUAAAAAUGAGUAAAAGUUUAAA